UUACUGCUUCUUACCGCACCGUCUCACCACUUUACCGCUGCAAAACACAGUGCAGGCCGGGCUACAGAUUGUCUCUGAAUAAGAACAAGAAACAUCGUCAAGAUGUCUGACAUGGAAGAUGACUUCAUGUGCGAUGAUGAAGAAGAUUAUGACCUGGAAUACUCAGAGGACAGUAAUUCAGAGCCAAAUGUGGAUCUGGAGAACCAAUACUAUAACUCCAAAGCCUUGAAGGAGGACGAUCCCAAAGCAGCGCUCAGCAGUUUCCAGAAGGUAUUGGAACUCGAGGGAGAAAAAGGUGAAUGGGGAUUCAAAGCACUUAAACAGAUGAUCAAAAUCAACUUUAAACUGACCAAUUUCCCAGAGAUGAUGAACCGGUACAAACAGCUCCUUACAUACAUUAGAAGUGCUGUCACCAGAAACUACUCAGAGAAGUCCAUCAACUCCAUUUUGGACUACAUAUCUACCUCCAAACAGAUGGAUUUGCUGCAGGAGUUCUAUGAAACCACAUUGGAGGCUUUGAAAGAUGCAAAAAAUGACAGAUUGUGGUUUAAAACAAACACAAAGUUGGGGAAGCUGUACUUAGAGAGAGAAGAGUAUGGAAAACUACAAAAGAUCCUUAGGCAACUUCACCAGUCAUGUCAGACCGAUGAUGGAGAGGAUGACUUGAAGAAAGGCACACAACUGCUGGAGAUCUACGCUUUAGAAAUCCAAAUGUACACCGCACAGAAAAACAACAAGAAACUGAAAGCCCUCUACGAGCAGUCACUUCAUAUUAAAUCUGCCAUUCCCCACCCACUCAUAAUGGGAGUCAUCAGAGAGUGUGGAGGGAAGAUGCAUCUUAGAGAGGGUGAGUUUGAGAAAGCUCACACUGACUUCUUUGAGGCCUUUAAAAACUACGAUGAGUCUGGAAGCCCAAGAAGAACAACAUGCCUGAAGUACCUGGUCCUAGCAAACAUGCUGAUGAAGUCAGGAAUAAACCCUUUUGACUCCCAAGAGGCCAAACCUUACAAAAAUGACCCUGAAAUCCUAGCAAUGACCAACUUAGUAAGCGCCUACCAGAACAAUGACAUCACCGAAUUUGAGAAAAUCUUGAAAACAAAUCACAGUAACAUAAUGGACGACCCCUUCAUUAGAGAGCACAUAGAGGAGCUCCUGCGAAACAUUAGAACUCAAGUGCUUAUCAAACUCAUCAAACCUUACACAAGAAUACACAUCCCCUUUAUUUCAAAGGAGCUGAACAUUGACGUAUGUGAUGUGGAGAGUUUGCUUGUGCAGUGCAUCUUGGAUAAUACAAUCCAUGGACGAAUCGACCAGGUCAACCAGCUACUAGAACUGGACUACCAGAAAAGAGGAGGAGCUCGCUACACAGCUUUAGACAAAUGGACAAAUCAGCUGAACUCCUUGAACCAAGCCAUUGUUAGCAAGCUCACAUGAUGGGAUGUCAAAUCUAGAGACAAAGAAAAUGGCAUGUUUUAAUACAUCCAUAAUGUAUGCUACUGUGCUUCUUCAAGUAUAUCUGGCCAGACAAGAUACACACCACAGCUUUUAAGAAUGCAUCAGUUUCAAGAAGACUCCAAGAACACCAAGAACAUGUUCAGUUUCUAUUUUUGUUUUUGGUUGUUUUUUUUUUUCUUUUUCCCCUAAUGUCCUGAUGGCAGGAAAUCACUUGACACCUGUUUUUGUUUUUCAUGUUGAUUGGCAAAUUCUUCCAUGAACAGCAGACAAUUGUUUCAGUUGUUUAAAAAAAAUGCUUCAAAUAUUUCAGUUGUCUAAAAAUGUGUAUGAAAACGAGUACACAGUAUUUUAAUGUAUACUGUUGCCUGUUUGUAAUAAAUAGAUUUCUCUCAGCACUACAAGGACUGCCUUUGACUAGUCAUAAGAUUUAAAAUGUGUCGUAAGUUAAACACAGAUGUUAAAGUGAGAUCCCACGGGAGGAAGGAAAUAAAUGUUAAUGAUUGUAGUAUUUUCUACCUUCAUGUCACUCUGUUAAACUAGAGAGAACAUGUCCAGAAAACAACUUGAGGUGUUCAUUUUAUUACACUGUCAACAGGACAUUAAUGCAAAGCAACAUGUUUGACUAAAUGAUCAUAUUUAGUCAUAUCUGAACACCUAAUGAUAAAUUCUUGUAACAACGUUACAAAUAGAUAUUUCACUGUUAAAACUUGUACCCUUAAAUGGUGGUUUCCAAUAAAAAAAAAUGUGGCAUUUUA